AUGGCUGACAUCAAACCUGUAUUUCAGACCUUCCUAAACCAUGAUGACCGAGCCGUCUUUGGCCAAAACACAACAGCGACAUUGUCUGAGUGUGGGUCAGUGCCAAACUUUGUUUCAGUGAGACAAUCACCCAAACACCCAGCCGCUGCAGCAGGGAGGGGUAGAAGGCUGCGGCUCUUCCACUUCCUGUUUGAGAUGCUGCAGGACCCGAGCAUGGCCCACUGCCUGUCCUGGGCGCCGGCGCCAGCCGGCGUGUUCAGCUUCUCCUCCAGGAACAAGGACCAGGUGGCGGUGCUCUGGGGCCAGAGGAAAGGUAACAAGAGGCCCAUGACGUACCAGAAGAUGUCCCGCGCUCUGAGGAACUAUGCCCGGUCGGGUCACAUCUUCAAGGUGAAGAAAAAACUCACCUACCAGUUCAGCCGGGACACGCUGAUAUCGCUGCAGAAGGGUUACGGAGGAGAUCCGUAGAUCUAUACUGUACUCUCCCUCUUUUCACAUUUUACUGCGGUGUAAAUACAGAACUAAAUAAAAACUUGCUGUUACGUUAAAUUUGUAG